AUGCCAAAGGCGUUUAAAGUGAGGAAUGAGGCAUCCCGCAUUGCUAUUGUUGAGUUUCUUGUGGAUAAACGUGUGCGCUUCUUAGAGUACCUGUGCUCCUUACAUCAGGACGAAGUGCUAUGGAUGGGGACCGUGCGUCUCACACGAUCGGAUGUUGUGCGUUCUUUUCGAGGUUCUGGGAAUUCUCACGGGGAAUGGGGUGGCACCACUGAGUACCGCCUGCGUUCUACAGAAUCCAUUGAUAUGCAGACGUCUUCUGCAUCUGGACACGAACAUACAGAGGACGUUGUUGUUUCGGUAGGACCCGUUGCUGGCGUACCGUACACUGUACCUGCGUCUUGGCUGUCAACCCGCAUGCCAUGCUACGUCUGUCUUGCCAUUUCACUUGCGGAUAUAUUGCAUAUUCCACUUUCCGUGUUUGACUUUGUGGAUUGUGUGUAUGCCAUGUUACUGGAGAUGGAUGUACGUUUUGCCUCUGGGGCCACUGCAAAGGCUCUUGCGCUGCGUAAUUUACGUAGCCAUCGACAACAACAUCAUUUUCAACAACACACAGCAUUCUCAACAGAGUCCAUGCCGUUUUUUGGCGGGGAGCAUAGCAAUAGUACCGGUAAUACGAAUAGUGGUGGGGUUAUAAUGGGGGCUGUGGGCGGUGGUUUUUUCACGAUGGGCGCCUCCGAUGUCGAAACCUCUGUCAAGUACCUUUAUCUAAAUCUUGAGCAUCGUGCCUACAUGACGCCGGCGGAAGUGCGUUACGAGGAAGUGAUUAUUCCCUUGUGCUCAUUGCUUAAACUUACAUACCGACGGCUGGGUGAUUAUGAUGUGGCAAGGAAUGAAGAAAGCGUGAAACGGAUUUUGUCUAUUGAUCGCCGUUUACAACACAUGUUUUUUUCUGCAAUCAGUAAAGAAUUGGGAAAAAUUGCGCGUGGCAAGUUGUUGCAACAGACUUUGUUGUUGUCUACCAGUGGCCUCUUUCUCGGCCUUGGGGGGAGUACGCAUGAUAACACAACGGGCCUUCUGCGUGGCUUACUGGGGCUCUCUGCCGGCGCAGUUGUCCCUGCAAUGGCGGCAGCUCGGAGCAGCACGACGAGUGGCAGUGUGAAACGUGGCAUGCCAGACAUGUUUCUAGUGGACUCGGAGGACGAGUUGGAGGAGGAAGAAGAGGAAGACGAUGAAGUGUAA